UUGCACUCAACCAAGUUAUGGCGUUCUCCUUAACUCAACCAAUGGCCAUCGACAAUGAGAUAGUAGCAAUCAAACUCUCAUUAUGUUAAGUCAUCUAACGAAAACGUUGGUCCUGAAUUGCGUGAUUUCUUACAUAUGGGCUUGUGAACCGUUGCAAUGGUGGAUUCAAAAAGACUUCUACCUCGAUUGCAUCCGAAACAAUGGGUUGAACUUUGAGAAGCUGCAUACCACCCCUGCCGAUGAUUUAUGCAGAAAAUUCUCCAUGGCAAUGGAAUGUAUGGAUCACUUGGUGGCAUGCUCUGGAUCACAUUUUAAAGAGAUUAAAAAGCUCGUCCAUUCACUCAACAUACGCCAAUUCAGUCCCAAAUGCUCAUUCGAUCGAGUCAAGAGAACUAAACGCUCAGCAUUUCCCGGAUUAUUCAGCAGUAGCAGUAAUAGUUACACUAGCAGUUCCAAUCAAAAUGGAUACGGAUACAAUGGGAACAGUCCCACCCCACAAAAUUCCAAAACCAGAUAUGCAUUCAAGGCGGUGGACAAAACGGCCGAGAAGGUGCGAAAUUACGUGGAUUCAAAGUACAACAAGAACGGUGACAGUAAACGUGCUCAAAUGGCCUCCAAGGUGAUCAAUAAAGCAGUGGAAAAAGCCAAAAAGAUGUUGGAUAAGAAGUUAAACAAAAGAACCAAUGGCGUUGGUUCUAGUCGUCAUUCGAUUAUGCCCAUUCCGAUUCCCAUGGGCGGUCACACAUCGAGUUUUAACGAUGAUUUUAGCUCCUCGUUUCUUGGAUCUGGUGGAUCUUCUUCACUUUUGAGUAACUUUGGACCUUCCUCUGCGUUACGCUGUUCUUCAUUUGGAUCCACUUUUGAUCGCUCAUCUAAUAAUCGUGACACCACCGGGAUUUCUUCUGGAUUGGGGACAAGUUCUAGUAAUUACGCGAGUGGAUCACGAUCUGGUCCCAAAACAGUGGAGGAUUUAUUGGUGCUGAUAAUUCCGUGCAGGAUUCAAGACAAGAACAUGAUGGCCCUGAUUGAUACCACUUCACCCAUUUCCACAAUUACUAUGGAUGUCAGUGGGUCUUUAGGUUACGGAAGCAUGGCCAAGGAUGAGAUCCUUGGAAAGCGCAUAACAGAUGUUCCAUUGGAAAUCGGUGGCAAAUCCGUCAAUUUCUCCCUGAACAUGGUGCGCAAUCAACCUGUAGAGAUUGCCUUGGGCACGGAUUUCUUGAGUGAAGUUGGAGCCAUCAUUGAUCUCCAUAGGAACACGUUGAGCAUUCCCAGUUUGGGGAUCGAAAUUGACCUUGUUCGACCGAAGGCCCUGAGCUCAAACUUUCACAAGAGAAUGGAGGUUUGGUCGGCAAAUCCGUGAAGCAUGGCUCUGCCACUGCAUGUCCAGGAAAUGAUGGAACUUUGAUAAAAAAAUGCUAGAGAAAUAAAACCUGCAUAGCCAACAGAGGUUAACGAUUAUGUUCAAGUGACCAACAAAGCGAGUAACAAUGUCAAGGGGGAGCUAUUCUGAUUCUAGCUUAACGAAGUGAACAUUUUUCCAAUCAAUACCCUUUUACACAUUUCGCCAAGAAUAUUCAAUAUCUUCUUUAUAACCAAAUUUGGUUCCUGAAGAUCAAAUAUAACUAUACUAUACUAUACCCUAUUAAUCUUUGGACACUCCCUCCCCCUCCCAUUAUGAAAAGCAAACUAGGAUUGCACCAACCAAUGCAAGUAGGCAUAAAACAAAGUCCCAAACGUUAUUUGCACCAACACUCUUUGUCAAUUCAGUUCACGUGAAGCACGUCUCUUGGCCCUGGCCCAACGAGAGUGGGAUUCUGAUUCGAACAAGGAAUACACCCGAAGAUAUUACUUUGUGGAAUCAAGACAAGCCGAGGCUAGAAACGCGGACCGUCGGAUCGGAGGAUUGCCUCCAAGAUGCUCAUCCACAGUGAACUGUACUGCACGAUACUACGCUUAUUGCGUUUCGAGCGCUUCCUUGACGUUGCUGAACAGCGUAGAGGUAUGUUACUACUCCCUGAAUUGACUCGAUGGCAGCGUUCUUCCAACGCCCACGGCUCCGGGUUCAAUCGUAAUACACGUACACGCUGAGGCAAAAGUGUUCGGUCCAUGUCGUUGUUGGAAUGAACGACAGGAAAUAUUCACUGAGUCAGAGAUCAGCCAGUCAGAGCACUCGAUGGAAGGUUAAACGCUUAACCAACGCCUUCAUAAACAAAAAUAACCGCGCUGUGAAACAUUGUUUUCAAUCAUUAAUGAUAUUAGUUUUAUACUCACCUUUGCACCAUGAUAUUCCAAGGCUUCACAAUGUUCCUGGUUUUGCUGACUCUGACGGUUUUGACCAAAGGAUGUGAUGAAUUCUCGUGGAAGGAGCUCAGUGUUCGCUACGACAAGUGUGUGGUUCAAAAUGGUUGGCACAGUCUUAAACUGAAGCCCUUCCCCAACCAAAAGUUUUGUCGCAAAUUAGAGGAUAUCACGGCGUGCUCAGAAUACCUCCACUUCUGCUUGGACAGUCAUUUCGACGAGAUUCAAACCAAAAUCGGCUCGCUUGGCGUGGAAAAACUUUCCUCCAAGUGCCGCAAGCAUCGAGACAAGCGCGAUGCCCGGAAAAGUGGCGGGAGAAGCGGCAGUCACGGCCGAAGUACGGCCCGACGGGUGGUGGACAAGGUGAAGUCUAAGGGUCGUCAGAUUGUGGACAAGAUUCGUCAUCGAGGCAAUAGAGGACGGAAUACCGGGGGAUUCGGGGCCUCUCAAGGCUUGGCCGGAGGCGGUGCCAUCAAAAAAGAGAGCCGCCGGAAGAAGAUCUUGAAGAAAGUGGGUAAAUUUGCCGUGGCGGGAUUGGCCGCCUACGGUACCUACAAGUUGGCCAAAUCCAUGACCCAAGGAUUGCGUGGCGCGUAUGAUUCGGACGAUUGUUGGGAUUACAGUUAUCUACGAGGACAAUAUGAAUGUGUGUGUCCAGGACAAUGCCACGUGUAUGUAGGCUCAGCCGGGUCGUUGGCGGUAACCGGGGGUUUGCUGUGUGUCAGUGUGAUCGUGUCCUACAGUCUGGGCCGAUUUCAUUUGGAUUAUUAAGAUAUUAAAUAUGGUAACGAA